AGAGUCACACACUCAAGUAACCUAACUGGACAACAAAACUCAAUCACCACCCAAGAGCUCCACCUUUCUCUUCCCACGUUCAAUCUCACAUUCCAAACAUGGCCCCCGUUACUUCAUCUCCCAGCAAGCCUCAAUCCCACCUCCUGGACAUCCCAACCGACGAAGAACUGCAACGGGGUCGCAAGCGACGCCGCAGCUCCGCGACCCCACCAGCUCAUGUCACGUCCAACGGUUCUACGAACCUUCGCGGUCGCGGUCGUCACCGUUCAGCAUCGCAAUCCGGUUCCUUCACCCGCUCGUCACUCGAGGAGCGUGCUCGGUCCGCGUCUCGGGAAAGGAAGUCACCCGGCAAGAAGUAUCAGAAAAAGUUGGCGGAUAUGAGAAGUCGGUUUGAGAAGAAGAGGAGGAGCCAGUCUCCGAGUCGGAGUCGGAGCAAUGGGGGAAAGGAAUGCCCUGGUUGAAUCGGCAUCCCGAUGCAGCGAGAACGAAAUGAGAAGUUUUAGUUUUUCUUAAGUUUUUUUCUCCAUUGGGCAUGGAGUCUG